AAAAAAAAAAAAAGUAAACAUGCCAGCAAAGUCUAGAAGUGAAACGCUGCGUUCAACUCUAGAAGAUUAGAUUACGGAAAGUGCUGUCACAGCCAUCAAAGUCUGGGUGGCUCGGGGACUUCUCAAUCUCUCUGCAGUGGCUGGUCCAGCUUUCGAAAUGAGAGUUCUGCGAAAUCUUGAGGUCUUGAGAAUGGGCACCAUGAGCUAUCUGGAAGCACUUAAGCUGCAGGAAAAACUGGUUGCUGAAAGAAAAAUUCAUAAGAUUCCAGAUACUCUCGUGUCCCUGCAACAUCCACCUACAUACACCCUUGGCAAACGACGAACUGAUCACAAUCUGUUGAUUCCUGCGACUGAACUCAAAAGAAUAGGAGCUCAACUGCACUACACACAAAGAGGAGGAGACAUUACAUAUCACGGUCCACAUCAAGCCAUUUUAUAUCCCAUUAUUGCUCUUCGGGAUAUGGGGCUUGGUGCUCGUAAAUAUGUGGAGAAACUUGAGUCGACUAUGAUUGACUUGGCAUCUCUGUAUGGCGUAAAGGCUUGUCCUGGAAAUAAAUGUGAAACGGGGGUUUGGGUUGGAGAUAGAAAAAUCGGAGCAAUUGGUGUACGGAUUUCAUAUGGAAUCACCUCUCAUGGGUUGGCAUUCAACAUUGAUCCAGAUUUGAACUAUUUCAAGCAUAUUGUGCCUUGUGGCAUUGCAAAUAAAGACGUUACAUCAUUGAGAAGGGAGACGGACUUAGCGCUUCCUACUGAAGAAGUAGUUCAGGACCAGUUGAUUUCUUGUUUUGCAAGACAGUUUGGUUAUAAUGAUCUUGUAUGGAAGGAUGCUGCUUCAAUAUUGUCAGAGAGCGGGGAAACUGAAUGAGAUUCUACAAUUGUUUGCCAAAAACAAAUAAACGAUGUAAGUUUUAUACUCUUCCAUUGAUUUAUUUGUUAAAGCAAUUGAUUUGAAAAUUGCUGGAUUUGUAUAUCUUGUAUUAUAAGUAAUGUGGAACACUAAGCUCAAGUGAUGAGGAAGGGUGGGAAAAUGGGUUUGAGCAUUUGACCACAUCAAAUGUAUCCGAAAAAAUGUAUUGCAAAAUUAAUCCGUUCAGUAA